AAUACCAGACUGAUACUACUAAUACUAAAACCUGAUGAAGAGGAGGAUGAGAAGGAAGAGGAGGAGGAGGAGGACGUGUAUGGGUGAAGGAGAGGGAAAGAAAGGGAGCACUUCACCGCAAGAGGCUGGACCAGUGGCGGGGAUCUCCCAGGCUGAGGCUCUGGCCCGGGAUAACGCAAGUCCACAAGUCCCCACGUCGGCAGUCAGGUGAAAGUGAUUCUGCGUAACCACCAGCGCCGCCUCGCGAGCCCUCACGCCUGGCGCUGAUGGGCGGGGAAGGCCUGGCAGUUCCUCCCUUGUGGCCGGCGAGGGUGUGAGCCGAGCAGUGACCCGCGGCUUCCUCCGUCCGCGGCCGCUUACCGACGGAGUGCAUUUGUGUGGGUGUGGGAUGUUCGCGACGCUGGCAGAACGCGGUGAGCUCGGCGUGCCUUUUUCACGACCUCUGCCUCUCCGUGUUGCGUCCGUCCGCCCUGCUGCUGCCCCGACUGACUGAUGGUGGGUAUGGCAUUAAGAGCAUCGGUGGUGUCGCUCUUGUUUCUGCUGGUGCUGGUGCUGGAGGGCGGCCUGUGCAGCGCCUUCAUGUUCCCAGAUGAGUGGCGGGAAGCGAGGGCGGCGGCGGCGGCGGCGACGUGGUCUUCGGCUGCACACUUGAGGCCUCGGUUGGCGGUCGGCGGCAGUGCCCUCGCCUCACCGGAGCAGAUGAUCGGCAGCGGUGCCCCCGCCUCGCCGGAGCAGAUGAUCGGCAGCGGUGCCCUCGCCUCGCCGGAGCGGACAGUCGUGCCAUCCCAGCCUGGCCUGGAGCCCGCGGCCAGCCACUUGUGGAGCGCGGCGAGCUACUACCCUCGCUGGCCCGACCACAUCCGCCGGGCCUUCCGCGGGAGUCUGGCGACGCGGCUCCCUCCCAGCCUGACGAGGACGGAACGACAGCUGCCUCGUCCGCCCCUCGUGCAGGCGUACCACCAGAUAAACAACCCCUUACGCCACACAGAGGAGGCGCCGGAGAGCCCAUUCCAGCGCCGCCGCCCGCUGUCAACCUCGCUAUGGUACUGGACGUGAGGGCUUCCAUUUUCUCUCUCUAAGCCAGUCUCUCUCUCUCUCUCUCUCUCUCUCUCUCUCUCUCUCUCUCGGCGAAUGCUUAAAAUUGUCAGAUUGUAGCGGCGGGCAGGACUCGAACGUGGGUCUUCCAGGACGCCGCGCCCGCACGCUGACCACUCCACCACACCCUCCCCCAUACAAAGACAAGCCAAGAUAGCCCCGCCUCGAAGACGUGAGGGCAAGAUGCGAGGAAAUAGACAGAAAAGAAAAUACGUAAGAGAAAUGGUGUAAGGGAGAGGAAAAAAAACCCUCAAUGGAACAGACGCACGGAAAAUUAUUUAAGGAGAAAAAAACGCAAGUAAAAGAGAAUAAGAUAAAAACAAGUGACGCAAUAGCAACAGUGGCUAGUGGAAAAGACACAAAGACAAAUCAACGCCUCAUCUCCCCAUCAACGUCUCACCUCAAGGGACGAUGCCGCCUUACAUAUGCACUCCCUUGCCUUGUCUUGGGGAAGGAAAACAACAAUAAAGGGCACGAGUUGA